AUGAUCCAUUUCUUCUGCAGGUGGAAAGUGAUUAUCUGCUCCUUAGUGGUCUUACUGCUGCUGCUCCAUUGUGUGAUGCUGUACCUUCUGGUUCCCAGAACGCAAGUCGAGCUGAUCGCACAUGCCGGAAGUCAUGGCGGAGCAGUUUGCAGGGCUCUCCAAAGCAUGUGCAGGCAAAGCUGCAAGCAGUGGGUCGGAUGUCCACAGGUCUCUUGUCUGGUGGAGAAAAGCAGCAGGUCUCUCCGUCACAAGAGACAGGCUGCGGAAUUUGGCGUGUCUAUCCUGCUGUUGCGUGACCCCCGCGAUGUGGUCGUGUCGUGGCGGCAUGGGGGAAAAUCCUACAAUCAGUAUCAGAACGCUGUCCAGCACAUUCGGUCCGUCGUUAGUUGGACAAGGUGGCAGCAUGACCAACAUUCAGGACGGUCUGAGUCCUUUCUGCUUUUCUACGAUGCCCUCGCUUCGCGGCCUCGUGAGACUCUCGAGGCACUAGCGAGCUUUCUUCAGCUGGAGGUGUCUUUCACCAAGGAGCAGAUCGAAGCUUGGCAGAGCGUCACAAAGCCUGGGGAGCUCUGUCAGACCUCCAACUCCUCGUACCCGCCUUGGAUUGCGAGUUAUGUCAGCUCCAUCUUCCAGGAGCUUCCGGAGGAUCUUCGGGGCCGUUGGGCAUCCUGUCCCGGUAAUGUGACGUGGGCACCAGAGCCGUGUCCGAGAGAUGCGGAGCUGGAGGUCCAUAAUGAGAAUGAGUUGGGGCAUGGGGAUGUCUGCCGAUAUAGAUCGGGUGAUUACAUGUGUCCGAAUAUGUGCAGACAGUUGGCUGAGGCCCCACACUGCGCGAUAGGGAAGGGCAGAGAGCGAUGUCGAGCUGCAACUGCUGCUGCAGCAUGGCAGGACAUGCUUGUUCCAAAUCCGCACACGCCCUGGGUGAUGAGCACCUUCUACGAACCAAAUUCCAAAAGUUCCAAGGACGGUCGGGAGGAUGCAAGACAACUCACACUGGCGACUUGGGCUCUCCACUGGCAGCGAGCCGGCUGGCAGACGAGGGUUCUAGGACUUGCGGAUGCCCAGAAGUCUCCUUUCUACAAGCAGCUGCUGGUGAAGCUUGCACAGAUCCCGCUCGGUGAGAAUCCCGAGUAUGAGAAGGCGUGCUAUUUCCGAUAUUUGGCCAUGUCGGAGGCUGGCGGUGGCUGGAUGAGCGACUAUGACACCUUGCCCUUGCAUUUUCCAGCAACCAGUGAUUUGGUUUCAAACGGUACCUUCACAGUGCUGCAGGGGCAUAUACCAGCAUUCAUGUCCGGCAGCCAAGAGGAGUGGCGCCGGAUGUCCCGUCUGCUUGUGGAAAGUGCUGUGAUGCUGACGCGGAAAACCCCUAUGCCAGGAUUGGUGUCUGACAUGCAUGCAAUGGCAGGACUGGCGGACAAGUCCGGGCUCAAAAACAAGUCUGAAGAUGCCCUGAACUCCUUCCACAUGGUGGCAGAUGCAAAGGAAUACGUGCGUACAUUGCGGCGGCCAAUCUCCAGCUUGAUCUGUCGUCGCUUCAGCUUCUUCCGCCUGGCCAUCCACAUCUCCCACGCAUCUGUGGCCGCAGGGCUUGCCUUGCCGGAUGCCGAAGUUGAGACCAGACGUCCCGAAAUCAUGAACCAAACCAUGGAGCGUUUCUGGCAGUGCGUGGAGAUGCACGAGAAUCUUUAA